AUGGUUGUGAGAAUCAGACUAGCGCGCUUCGGGCGCCGCAACAAGCCCUUCUACAACAUUGUGGUAGCGCAGUCACGAUCGGCGAGGAAUAGCAAACCGAUGGAGGUUAUUGGCACGUUCGAUCCGAUCCCGAAGUUGGACCCCUACGCCAACACCGGCCAGUUUCACAAGGACAUCAAGCUCGAUGUAAUCCGGGCCAAAUAUUGGAUAGGUGUUGGAGCACAGCCCAGCGAUACGGCUUGGAGGAUAUUAUCUAUGGCUGGAGUGCUCCCUAAACGACAAUACGGAAACGCGCAACCCUCUACAAGCACACCCGCGGCCACAAGUGCCACCGCUUCGACCUAA